AGUUUCUUAGUAGCAAAAGCCUAACCAAGAAUGUCUCCUCAAUUCCUCAUCUUCAAUGUCUUCCCCCUUCUAACCCUAACCCUAACCCUAACCCUUGCCCACACCCGCCACAUCAUUACCAUCACAGCUCCAAACCUCCACCCAACCUCCCUGGCAUGGGACCCCAAAUCCCAGCACUUCCUCCUUGCCUCCCGCUUUCACCCCAUCAUCUCUUCCAUCUCCGAUGCUGGCAUCGUCCAAACCGUACUCUCGUCCGAUGGCUCCUCUGUCAACGCCAUCGCCAUCGAUUCACCCCGUGGUACGCUCCUGGCCGCCCUCUCCAACCCCUCUUCUAUCGCUGCCUAUGACCUCCGAUCCCCCCGCCCCCACACACUCAUCUUCUCCUCUCCCCUCCCUGCUGCCCCUUCCGGCCUCGCCGUCGACGACGCCACUGGUACCGUGUUCGCCAUUGUCGGUAAUUUUAUCUACAAGAUAGAUCCCGAGGGGAAUUCAUCAAUCUUCUCAGAGUUCAAUUCGGCGCUGGGAGGCAUCGUGCACGUGAGCAGAGGGUUCCUUCUGGUUGCUCAGCCGAGCACGGGGACGGUCUACAAAGUGGACGAUGAGACAGGGCGGGGGAAGUCGGUGCUGGGAAAAGGUCUUGGCCUAGGGUUAGGGUUGGUACUGCGUAGUGAUGGAUCGGCGUUGAUGGGCGGAGAUGACAAGGUAAGGGUAGUGAGGAGUGAGGAUGGAUGGGGGGAGGCGGUGGUGGCGGAUGAGGUAUUGGUGGAGAAAGGGCUGUUGAUGGGGUUGGUGGUGAGGGAUGGGAGGAAAGUGUAUGUGUUGGUAGGGGAGAAUGGUGAUGAUGAUGAUGGCGAUGAUGUUGAUGGGGGUAUUUUAGGAAGGAAAUUUAGGAUUGAAGAGGUGGAUUUGGUGGGAAAGGAUGGAGGUGAUGAUAUGAUUUUGGCUAUGGUUCUGUUAGGCUUUGGUUUGGCUUAUUUUUUGUAUUGGAGAUUUCAGAUGGGAAAACUCGCCUCCUCUUUGAACAAGAAGAGAGCUUGAUCCUAAGACUUGCCUAUUUCUUUAGUUUUUUUCAUUGUGUGAGGUAUAUAAUACGAUUGAUUUGUGUGUGCUUCCUUUUUAUGAUUCAAAUUGUUUCUUUAUGAUUUGCACUUCAGUUUCUUGUAAUUGAACUUGCAAUUCAU